AUGGGAAAGCGCACAAAGAAGGUCGGGAUCGUAGGGAAAUACGCCACGAGGUACGGAGCUUCACUCAGAAAGAUGGUUAAGAAGAUCGAAAUCUCUCAGCAUGAUACUUAUGAGUGUGCGUUUUGUGGAAAGAAGACCGUCAAGAGAACUUGUGUAGGCAUAUGGAAAUGCAAGCACUGCUGUAAGACUAUUGCUGGAGGAGCUUGGGCACCAACAACUGGAGCCGCUCUUACUGCUCGUCACAACAUACAAAGGCUGCGCAAGUUAAUGCAAACUGGAGCCUCCCAAACUACAGAAGCAACCCCACAAGCCCAACCACAAGCUGCAGCUAAGAAGUAA